GCAUCAAGUUGAUCGGCGAUGUGGCAUUUCAACUUAAAUCCCUAAAUCGAAAUAGCAAAGUAACCUAUGAGCACAACAAACAGUGAAAACAAAUAAAAAUCUCAGAAUGCAGAGAUUUUGCACCAAGUUCCGAUGUUUCGCCGAAAAAUCAAUCAAAACUUCACUCAUCUCCAGUCGCCAACUACACUCUUCUCCCCAGCUUCUUCAUCAGCCUCUCCGUUUCACAUCUGCUACUCAUAAGUGGAGCCUUAAUGCAAAUUUUAUCCCAACUCCUGUCAACUUCCCACUCGCUUCUUCCGGAUCCCUUCUCUCUUUAGUUCAGGUGCGUCAUGUUUCGUCAAGAGAACGGAAAAAGAGGAGGAAGCCCAUGACACCAGUUACCUCCAAAGUCAAGAAAAUCAAAAUGAAGUCUUAUUCGUCCUACAAGUCCAGAUUUCGGACAAUGAAAGAUGGAUCUAUCCGCCGUUGGAGGGAGGGCAAGAGUCAUAAUGCGCACCUGAAGUCGACGAAAGCAAAGCGUAGACUCAGAAAACCUUCAACAGUUCCAGUAGCAUAUGCCAAAGUUAUGAAGAAACUUAAUUUCUGUGGUUGAAGCUGUCAGCAGCUGUCAGCAAUUAUCUGACUUGAGGAAAAAAAAUGUUGGAGAAUUCGUAUUAGCAACAAUUUGAGCCUGAGCCGGAAGAAAUUGUAGCACUGAUGUUCUGAAGCUGUGAGCCUAUUGUUUGAACAACUUACGGCUUAUAAUAGGUGUUAGGCUGCUUUACUGUCUAUUAGGUAAUAGAUUGACUGCAUGACAAGUUCUAGUACUGGAUAAACUUUUUGGCUUUAGCAGUAUAAUUUGGUUAAUAAAUUUUGUUGGAUUGAUGGUGGUGAAGAGUUCAAGAUUGUGGUUAAUUAAAUUGACCAAAUUUUUU